AUGGGAGCCCCUCUGCUCCCAUGGCUGCUGCUGCUGCUGCUGCUGUGCCACUCUGCCCAUGCAGCCAUCCUGGAGGUGAAUGGGAACCUGAGCUGUAGGUGUGCCAAGACAACCUCGGAAUACAUCAGUCCCAAGAAAUAUGAGAGCAUUGAGAUAAGGCCUGUGGGCAGCACCUGCAGGCGCACGGAGAUCAUAAUUAAAUUAAGAAGCUCAGGGAAGGUGUGUGUGAGUCCCGAAGCCCCUUGGGUAAAGAAGCUGCUGAAGCGCAUCGCCAGCACGAAGAAAAAAUAAGUUUCCUGCUAAGGAAGUUGGUGCCCAGAGCCCUGAGGCAGGCUGGCGGAUGAUGCCCGGGUGUGCAGACCUG